CAUUUUUCAUGUUUUACCUGCACAAAACUUCAGGUUUGAGAAACCAGAUAAAGGAGUACUUACUAAACAUGAAACACUUGAGUUAGGCUCUAGAUGCUACAUAAGAGCUCUCAAAGUUCUCCCAGAAUGCUCUUCUCUCUGGCAUGACCUUGGGGUCAACUUCAUCCACCAAUCACAGUGUAGUGAUGGGGAAUCUGCCAGAUCAUUGGCUGAGAAGUCUGUGCAAGCUUUAAAGAAAGCUAUUCAACUGGAACCUUCCAAUCAUAAACACUGGAAUGCUUUAGGAUAUGUAGCUUGCUUAAAAGUUUACAACAAGCCAGAAUUAGCACAGCAUUGUUUUAUCAAGUCAAUUCAAGUUGAACAUAAUAAUGUGAUAGCUUGGACUAAUUUGGCAGCUCUUUACCUGAGCAAGGAUAAUGUCAAGCUAGCCCAUGAGGCAUUUAAGAUAGCACAGAGCUUGGAACCGUCCUAUGUCUCGUGUUGGAUAGGUCAGGCUAUUAUAGCAGAGGUCGUAGGUCACGAAGACGCCAUGGACUUAUACAGACAUACAACUGAACUAGGAAAUCAUCUGGAGGGUGCUUUAGGAUAUGGUCACUGGGUGUGUACAAUAAUGUUACAGAAUGUAGAUAAACGUGACACGUACAUGUAUACAUAUGCUAUAGAACAGAUGGGAGCUGUGCCGUCUGCUUCAGAUGCUUUAGCCAGAUAUACAGAUCGUGUAAAGACAAAUGCUGUAGCAUAUAACAUGUAUGGUUUACUGCUGGAGAGACAGAAGUUAUACAGGACUGCUGCACAACAGUUUAAACAAGCUGUUUUACUUAUUGAGCAACAAGAUGACAAAACUUAUCUGACAGAGGUUAUGUGUAACUAUGCAAGACUUUUAUAUAAAUCAGGAGACUAUCAGCAAGCUUGCUCUGUAUAUGAGAAGAUAGCAGGUGUAUGUACACUGGUAGACUUGUGUCAUAUGGGACUAGCAUUGUAUAAAAUUGGUCAUCUGGAACUGGAGAGUUUUCAAGUGUAUACUAAAGCAGCAGAGAUGGCACAGACAGACGGAGAUAAGUCAGCUGUGCUUACCGCCCUUGCCAUGGUGUUAUACAAAUUUGGUGACCUUGGUAACGCUAAAACAAAUCUAUUCCAAAGCUCACAGCUGUCUGAACCUUGUAUUCCUGGUUUAAAGGCCCUGUGUGCCCUGGGGCUGAUACAGUCUGACCUGACCCUAGCUGAGGCCGCACUUCAUGAACUCUCCAGUCUGGGAGAUAAUCCUAGUCAUCUGUAUGAUGUAGCAUUGCUGGCGAUCGGUGUAGACAUGAUCAAGGGUAAUCUAAUUGAUGUAAAAAGAAAGCUGCAACAUUUACUACACAAAGAUCCUUGCCAGCCAAAACUAUGGCGUUUAUUAUCAGGAAUACUUCUGAAGUUUUUCCCGAAGUUAGGAAAAAGUGCAGCACAAGCCGCUAGAAACUCUCUGCUUGUAGAAAGCCCAGGAAAACAGACUGACUUUAUAUUAUUAACAAUUAGUGAGUUGAGUGCAGGUUGCCAUGGUAAUGGACAGAAUUCUACGGAUGCUUUCCUUACAGCACAGAGAGCUGUGCGUUAUAAUCCAGAGAAUGUAGACAACUGGGCAGCGUUGGCGUCUGCUGUUCAUUCUCGAGCUAUACUAACAUCAUGUUGGGAGAAAAGACUUGCCCUGUUCAAACAUGAAUACACAAUUCUGUGCUAUAUCAAAAAAGAAGAUGUCCCACUACCAUUAAAGUUUUGGUGUGCAAAGCAGCAGAUAGUAUGUACAGUACAUGCUAAUAUGCAUAAUGAGUUGAUGGAAUGUCUAGAUGAGUUAAUGACAGAUUUUGGUGGAGAAGUCGAAGUGAAACAACUGUUUAAUGUGUUUAGUAAUGUCCUACAAGACAAUACCGGGGGCGUGGCUAAAACACUUGAUGAACACUCCUCCAUGUAUUUUUGGCAGAUUUUGGUAGAGAUGUACAUUAAAGCUGGAUUGAUGACGGAGGUGGAGACUACAUUGAAGCAGUGUCAUUACAAAGUGGCUAAUAGUGCAAAUCAAGUGUUUUUGCUCAAGAUGGCACAUUUGGCAUUUCAGCAGAUUCUGGUAAUUGUCUUAAUACAAAUUAUUGUGGUAGUUUCACCAUUAGAGAUAUCAUCAAAAUACAUGCAAGAGGAAUAA